CACCAAAAUUUGUUAAAAUAGCAAGAAAAGAAAAGAGUAUGGGGGAGAAAGAAAAGAGUAUCUUUCACAGCUUGGCAUCAAUUAUCAUCUCAACUUUUCCUUCUAUUUGAUCUCUUCCCACACUCCAAAAGCUCUCUCUCUCUCCUCACUGGCACUGUAGAAAUACUUCCCUUCUUCUUCUUCUUCUCCCUCUAUUUCAUACUGCACUCCUUUCUAUUCACAUAUUCAGAUUUCAUUUCUAAACGUUUUACAUAUAUUCACACUUACCCUUUUUCAGUUGAACUCUCAGUUCUUCUGCUCUCUCUUUUUCCGCCUUGUCGGUAUUUGUUUAUCCGGCGAGCGAUUUCUCACCAGAUUAGUGCAGAUUGGGCGUCGAUUCCAGAUUUGGGAAGGUGGGUUUUUUUGGGGAGAUGGGUGGGGUGACGUCAUCAAUGGCGGCGAAGCUGGCUUUCUUCCCGCCGACCCCGCCGUCGUACAAGGUGGUGACGGACGAUGCGACUGGGCUGGUGCUGCUCGACCCGUUUCCCCACCGGGAAAACGUCGACGUCCUCCGGCUGCCGACCCGCCGCGGGUCGGAGAUCGUGGCCCUGUACGUCCGGUAUCCCAUGGCCGCCUCCACGGUGCUCUAUUCCCACGGCAACGCCGCCGACAUCGGGCAGAUGUAUGAGCUCUUCAUCCAGCUCAGUAUUCACCUCAAGGUGAAUCUUUUGGGAUAUGACUACUCUGGUUAUGGGCAGUCGACGGGGAAGCCGAGCGAACAAAACACUUAUGCCGAUAUAGAAGCUGCUUACAAGUGCCUUGAAGAAAGCUAUGGCGCUAAGCAGGAGGAUGUUAUACUCUAUGGUCAGUCCGUUGGAAGUGGCCCCACCGUGGAUCUUGCUUCUCGUUUGCCUCGGCUAAGGGCAGUUGUCUUGCACAGUCCUAUACUCUCUGGCUUAAGGGUCAUGUACCCUGUGAAACGGACAUACUGGUUCGACAUCUACAAGAAUAUUGACAAAAUCCCAUCGGUGAAGUGUCCCGUUCUCGUCAUUCAUGGAACUUCAGAUGAAGUGGUUGAUUGUUCCCAUGGGAAGCAGCUAUGGGAACUAUGCCAAGAGAAAUAUGAACCAUUAUGGAUCAAGGGUGGGACCCACUGCGACCUCGAACUAUACCCCGAAUACAUCCGACAUCUGAAGAAGUUCGUGUCGACGAUCGAGAAACCGCUCUCGCACCGAAACGUCUCGAGGAAGAGCGUGGACCGGCCCGAGAAUUCCCGCAAGAGCACCGACUUCCACCACGACGGCCCGAGGAAGAGCACUGACGCCCGGAGGGAGAAGCCGAGGCCGAGCACGGACAAGCAACCGUCCGAGAAGCUGAAGAACGUCGAGUUCAAGUUCUCGAGGGACGAGAAGUUCUCGAAGCUGAGGAUGCCCUUCGACCAAAUCGAGAGGUCCCGAAGGAGCGUCGAGAUCUUCGAGAAGCCGCAGAGGAGCGUCGAGAUGGACAAGGCCCGCAAGAGCGUCGAUUGGCUCGAGAGGAUUCGCGUCGGCUGAAGAGACGAUGGCGGGCGGUGUAAAUUUUGCAAGUGGCGGGCCCCGGUCUUGCAAUCACAAGCUUGAUCUUUUGGUCGAGCCUGUUGUGCUUUGAGCAUAUGUAAUGGGACUACUCUUGUUUUUGCUCUUUCUUUCUAUUGAGUGGGAAAGGAGAAAUAGAAAGGUUUGGUGAUGAGAUAAGUUGCUAACACUAUCAUUAUGCAGCCCAUCUUUUUGUAUAGGAAAAUGUUUUGUGUAACUUUGAGAUUGCCAUUUUCAUGACAUUUGCUUUAUUGAAAUUGCCAUCAAUCAAAUUUGUUUCCUCUU